AUGAGACACCCUGGCACACUGCUAGUGUACCUAAUACCCUAUGUGCUAGCGUCGAUAGGAGAUCGUCUUCCCCAGUACAGAGAGUGCCUGGCACAAUGCUAUGAAACGCAGUGCGUCUCCCACACCCCGUUCCUUACUGAGUACGACGUGAACGUAUUCUCCAAAUAUCUAUUAUUAUGGACAUGUCCUCUGGACUGUGACUUCAAGUGCCGAAGUCAUGUUGCGGCCACAAGAAAGUCCCAGGGGCUCCCUAUUGUACAAUUUCACGGUAAGUGGCCCUUUCAUAGAAUCCUUGGCAUCACAGAGUUUUUCUCUACGUUGUUCUCGCUUGGCAACUUCUGGGUAAAUUGGAUCAAUUUGAUCAAUUACCAUGCGAUCAUACAAAAAGUGAAGGCUUCGUCCAGAAACAAGGCGAGGAUCGUGAUGUUGAACCAGUAUUGGGUGCUAUUGGCAGUUUCUGUGUGCGGGUGGUUAUUGAGCACCAUCUUCCACACCAGAGACGUUCCUGUCACCGAAACGCUCGACUACCUAGGAGCUGGUGCGAUCAUCAUGGCCAACUUCAACGCUAUCAGCAUUCGGUACUUCGAGUUGUUUUGGGUAGAGAACCAGCGGAAGCGAAUAUGUUUUCAGGCAGGCUUGCUUUUCGUUCUCUGCUGUCACUAUAUCAAGCUUGCUCACAAAUGGGAUUACCGCUACAACAUGGAGUACAACUGUGUGAUUGGACUUAGUGCUCUGGCGCUCUGGGUGCUCCAUUCCAUAAGAGUUCACAAGCUCUUCGGUACCCCUACACACAAUACCAUUCAACUACAACCAUAUGAGACCAAGAUCAGAAGAAAGCUACGAUACUUGGGCAAAGUACGCUCAAGGCUGAUCCCGUUAAUUCCGGUUUUUCUCAACUUGUUUCUUACCACAUCGUUAUCCCUCGAGCUUCUUGACUUUGCACCCAUUGCGGGCCUUUUGGACUCGCACUCACUUUGGCACUUGUGCACAAUUUUUCCGCCCCUCAUAUGGUAUGAUUGGAACUUGUGGGAUAUCGAGAUGGUGAUGGCAACCAAGCUGAAGUAA